UACGACUGCAAGAGGGAGUGAGAUUCAGUUUGAAUAAAGAGUUCAGGGAAACCUCUAUCCCCUAGAGAAACCUCUCCUCUCUCUGGCUGUCUUUCUCUGAGAAAUGAUAGCUUCAGCUUCUAUCUCAGCGCCUUUGAGGUUCUCAAUCGCUUCUCGCAACAGAACCUCGCUUCCCAUUUCUUCACUCCCUAACAGAAACUCAACGAGGUCCAUAGAGAAUUAUUCAACAAUCGGACUAUCUAAUAAGACUGGUGGGUUACCUUUAAACAUCGGAGAGAAGGAUUUCUGUGAUGCUAAUGUAAGUUAUGGUGCAAUAGAAGCCAAAAGGGGGAAUCCACCCAUAAUGCCAGCAGUAUUGACGCCAAGAGGAAUUUUGGACCUCUCAUCUGUAUUAUUUGGGAAUCGCAUAAUCUUCAUUGGUCAGCCUGUCAACUCACAAAUGGCUCAGCGAGUUAUUUCACAACUUCUUACUUUGGCAACUAUUGAUGAGGAUGCAGAUAUACUGUUGUAUCUGAACUGCCCUGGUGGAAGCACCUACUCUGUGUUGGCAAUCUACGAUUGCAUGUCAUGGAUAAAGCCUAAGGUUGGUACAGUAUGUUUUGGAGUAGCUGUAAGCCAAGUGGCCCUGCUUCUUGCUGGUGGAGAAAAAGGAAUGCGUUAUGCAAUGCCUAAUGCUCGGAUUAUGAUACAUCAGCCACAGAGUGGAUGUGGGGGUCAUGUGGAGGAUGUGAGACGCCAAGUGAAUGAAGCAGUUCAAUCUCGCCACAAAAUUGACAAAAUGUAUGCUACUUUCACCGGCCAAAGUCUUGAGAGAGUGCAACAAUACACUGAAAGGGAUCGUUUCCUGUCUGUUUCCGAGGCUAUGGAGUUUGGACUCAUUGAUGGCGUCUUGGAAACGGAAUACUGAAAGGAAGCUACACUUUUUUUUGUGCCCGAAUGUUUCAUGCACUCGAUUUUCAUACUGCGGCUGGUUGCCUUCUCUAAACCCCCAAAACAUCCAUAACUACAUGGAUUUUUGAAAUUUAGGAUUCCGAUUUGAGUCGAGUCCACUUUGUUUGUUCUAAAGCUUGCUAUCAUCUAUCAAUAUAAGGCUAAUCUUUUGAGGUUC